AUGCUGUUUUGGGUGGACGACCUCAUUUCUCAGACCCGGGUUGAGUCCAAGCUGUGGAUGAUGACGGGCGAGGAUGCCUCGCUUGGCACUCGCAAAGUCCAAUACGAUGACUUCGCUUACUGCUUGGAAGCCCACGGUACCUUGGAUGGCUCUGUCUGCAAGCCGAGCUACUUGAUCAAUGGAUGGAACUCAACGGAUGGGACCUCCCUGGCCGAGAGGAAGACGCUGUCCGUAGCCUACGACCCGGCAGGGGAAGGAGAUGGUGAGCACGUGGUGGGACCAGUGGCCGACAAGACCAACCGUCGAAUCUACUGGAUUACCCCUUCCUGUGCCACUUCGUCCAGCCGGCGCUUGGCGGUGUGGAAGGUCAAGUAUCUGCUGGACAACCAAAUCACUCCGGACGGAUCGGACGCAAAUCCAUUGACCUGCGCAAACGAGUCGUAUGUCUACGCAGUGAACCGGUACGAUGUGGACACGAAGAAGUACUCCCUCAUUUAUGCGGCUGCUCGUGCCGACUUUCCUGCGCCUGAGAAGUGGACGGCGUACAGCUGGAAAAUCGCCUUUGACGAAGCCAGGCAGCGUCUAUAUUGGUGGUACUACGCUGGUGCAUGUGCGGUGGCCAGAACUUGCGAUGCUCCUCUCUACUACAUCGAUGUCAGUGGUUUGACUGAUGAUGGUGCCAUGCCGACUCCUGUGUCGGCAGCAAACAUAACGGACGGUUAUGGUCAUGCCUACUGGGAUAUGACCAUUGAUGACGAUGGCAACGUUUACAUGGUUGAUUGGUACAAGAUCAGGAAGUACAGCGUCGGUACGGGAACUGUGUCCGUUCUCCACACCGAAGAUUACCUUAAUACAGGAUGGCAGUUCUAUGGAGUGACCCACUGGACAGGCACAACAAAGCUGAUCCUAACCAAAAGCAACGUGGUGACCUCGAAGCUGUGGAUUUUCGACACCAGCGAUUCUUCAUGGACGGAGUUCUACAGCGCAGUCUACUACGAGUUCUACAAUCUAGGCCAGACGCUCUACAACUCGGCGGUGGAUGUCACCCACGGCCUCCUGUACGUGGCCACAAGUGGUGGGAAUUCUGGGGCUCGAUCCAUCAUCGAGCUGCCCUUGGCGCCGACCGGCCAGACAAUGCCGUACAAGGCCUGCGCCACGGGACGCUUUAGUCUCGACUGUCCCCUCUACGGCAACGGGGAACGCUUGGUUGUGGGCCACAUGCCUUCUGCCUUCUCGGUGGCCGGAGCCGGCAAGGCCGCCAACUUCGCUGCCGGAACCGCUGACCGAUUCCCUGCCUGGGGGACAUCCCAGAUUGCGGUUCUGCCAGCGACUGGCACGUAUCCCACCAGGAACCCAUGCUAUGGCAAAGCACCCGCGAGCAUCGACACGUUAUCCGCCAAGCUCAAAGCCACGACCCGUACCCGAUGCGGCAAGGACGAGACGACCGGCUUUGACACGAGGCACAUAAUCUUCAGCAUCGAUGCUGGCGACAAAGCCCCAAACUACCUGAUGCGUGACUACAUCGGGAUGGAGGGCCUUGCGAGAUCCGCCGAUGGCGGCUGGGGGUAUGACUACAUAGGCCAGCGACGAGCCUAUGACAAGUACCAAGAAAUUGCCACCGGCGGUGGCAACGAUGGCGUCAUCCCAGGAAUCAAGAGCGAGUGGGGAUAUGGAAUUGCGGUCAAAGGGCCCGCAGUCGAUUUCGUCCAUGGUUAUGUCUAUUGGAUGUCGUGCGAGCGUGCGGCCUUGCCCGGGGUCUGCUCGGAACAUGCACUCAAGCGAGUGCCAAUCUCCACCCUCGAGGCGGCGGCCAAGAUGCCGGACCCUGUGGACUGCUCGGUCUCCAGCUGCCCACACUCCGGCUCCACGCAGGUCUUGGAUGACCGGUACGCCGUGAUCUCGGCGGCCGUGGAGGUUUUGUACAAGCAGACCACACAGCUCUUCCCUGGCAACGACGACACCGUCCCCCAUCAAGUGAAGAUCGCCAUCGACCCGGACGCGGAGAUCAUCUACUGGUUCUCCCCGCAGCCCAGCACUGGCUACGUUUCCUUGUUGUACCUGGACGUUUCGGGCUGGACCCCGAGCCAGGGAGUCUUCGAGCCCUGCGACGUCGGCGAGGUGGCGGGCCACUACGCCUAUGGGUCCUGGUACUCCCUGAUUGUCGCUUGCGAUGGCACACUCCUCAGCCAUGAGGUGAAUGCUCUCAGGGCCUUGGACUUCACCAACGACACGCAUGUGGCUUCCUGCAAAACGGAGGCCGCUGUCUGGCCGACACUUGACGACAACAGCCGGACAAGUUGGAAGGGAUGUUGGGACCGGUACCUGGACACGGGAACUGUGUCAGCCACCGGGGCCAAUGUUCUGAAGUCCAUCGCCUACGACCCAAAGCGCGACCAGGUCUACUACGCCUUCCGGCGGAGCACCACACAGGAGUCCAUCUCACGCUUCACCCGCUCCGCCGGCCCUAAAGGCCCAGGCCUGGAUGAGGUGGUCUACUCCGGCAUAUUUUAUGAGUUUCCGCCACGGAACGACAAGGGCGCCGCCUACAUUGCUGGCAUGGCCCUGGAUACGCUCAAUGAGCAAAUCUAUGUCGCGAACUACUAUGGAAACUCGGCCAAGCAAGCUCUCGCAGUUCUUCCGCUGCCAGAGAACAAGUUUUAUCCAGGCGACAACAAGGUUGUUCAUGCAAAGUACUGGCCCAUGGACCUGGUUGCCGAUGGCGACGCUCCCAUCGCCUGCCUGUAUGGACACCAGUCUAUCGAACACUCCAGUGGAUAUGGCAACCGGAAAUGCGAGUACCAGGGAGAGCGUCUUCAGUGGACUCUCCGUCACACGGGCAUGGACAUCAUCCUCCCGAACCCCGAGGGCAUCACGAGGUUCAUGAUCACGGACACAUCCAACAACCUCGCAGUGCUGCCCCCGAAGCCUUCGCUCCUGGGUCGGACCGCGCCGUUCAACUGGACCCAGUUCUUCAGAAUGCUGCCCCACGCGAAGAUCGGUACGAGCAAGGUGAACGGCUGGAACUACCUCAGCACACCGGUGACCACCUCCGACCUGGGCUACCAGCCGUCCUUUGACCUCUGCGCAGAGCUCUGCGCCACCUUCUGGCGCAACGGCACGCAGCGCUGCGUGGCCUUCGACUGGCGCAUGUCCAACCACGACUGCGAGUACAUGAAGGACCAAGGCAUGCUCCCGAACCAUACAAAGAGCUGUGCCUACUCGAACAGCGGCUUGUCUUGCAUGUUCGCCCUGGUGGACUUGACGGAUUCCGCGGACAAGUGGACCAUGUGGCCCAACCCCUGCUUCACCAUGCCAACAGCAGACAGCGACGGCAAUGCCUGGAUCAUUGCCGAAUCCGGCUACGCUCCCGCUGGGGGGUGGCCCAGCUACGUGCGCGAGGGGUACAGCUUUGACAAGGAGCGGACGUUAACGUUCUUUCUGAGAGACGAGCUCCUUGCAGACACCGCGGAGGCACAGGUCUUGCGCGACACGUGGAGGCAGGCGGUUCCGAAUGCCCGCUGGUAUGGUAGCACCGACCACAUGGACUACGUCGUGGGCGACCACGCAAAGAACGGAAACGCCGUCUUCCCAGGCGACCAGCUACCCGUGAUCUUCAAGACCCGCGUCCAGGGGGUGGAUCCGGAUGAGACCAACCCAAAGGCUGUGCCCACGGCCCCAGCUUCCUGCUUCAACAGCGACCAAACCGUGACCACCACGACGCCCACGUCUGGUGGUGGAGGUGGUAACACGGGCAGUUCUACGACCAGCAACCCAAGUAGUGAUUCCGGUGGCGUCUCGUCGACCUCAACCACGAGCUCCGAGGGCACGAGCAACCCAGUGCUGGGUGGGACCUCAGAGACGAAGGGUCUGGCAGCUCCAGCUCUGCUGUUCCUGGUUCUCUUCGCCAACGCUUGA